AUGUGGCCCAGUAAAGAAGGCUUGGGUGUUCAACUAAGUUAUGGAGUCAACGGAAAUGGUAUUGUUGUGAGUAAUGAAAAUUCUAAUUCUAGCACGUACAAACGACUCCCCCGUUUAGAAUUUCCCAGAAUAAGAAACCAAGGUAUCACACUAAACAAAGUAGGGAAGUCAAACAUAGUGCUUGUCAAUCAGCAGACUUCUUCAUUUGAUUUGAAUUCAAAAGUGUAUAAUAACUUGCAGAAUGCAGUUGCCAAUCAACCUCUUCAACCCAAACGAAGAAUGUAUUCCGAUAGUAAUAUAUAUGUGCCUGAAGAAAUAUUGAAAUCGUACUUGAUAGAGUCAAGAUCUUUGACUUCGACUAUUGCAUAUGAUCCCACAUUUGGGCAAAUGUUCACAAUAUUUGAUGUACGAUCGAGGAGCGGAUUGACAUCUAGUAAAGCGAUAGCUUUUGUCACUGGGGAAACGGGGACUAUUCUUAACAUAUCGAUAUUGAAAUAUGAAAUCAAGGAACUCUUAAAUAACAGAAAGGAAAGUGUGGAUGUAAAUGCGUUGAUACCGUUACUAACUGAUCCAUUCCAGGUAUCCUUAUCGGAGCCUAUAAAACAAAUUGAGCAUUGCAAGCUAAAAGAAGGUUUCGACUAUAUUCCACUGUAUUUGAUAAUCCGUUCCGAUUCCAGGGUUUAUGUUUUAAACUGUUUCAAAGGAAAAUCACAACAUUACAAUUCACAUAUUGAAUUAGAUAUUCUUGGGGAACUUCAGACGUCUGAUUUAAUGGGGUUCAAUUUUUCGGAUGUAACUUUUAACCCUUGGGUUAGUACUCAAUUUGGAGUAGUUGAUGUGAAGGGAAAUUUUGGUAUUUGGAAUAUCAAUUCGAAAAAAGAGGCAUUAACGAAACUAAAAAAAUUUGAUUCAAACCCAAAAACUAGCUCCGACGAACCAGAUUCUUCAUUGAAGGUUGAAUCUACUAUACAUGAUGUGACCGAAUUAUCUAAUUGGAAAAGAAUUAUUUGGGCUCACGAUUAUAACCAUAUUUUUGUAGUUUCAAGAUCUUCUCUAACCCAGUUUGAGCUCACGCCAGAAUUGAGUUCACAGAGGUUAAUAACCUCAGAUACGUGGUCAAAAAUACAAGAUAUUCAUAAAAAUCCUGAAAGUAUGAAAUACGCAUUUAUUUUGACAUCAAAGGAGCUCAUUUGGUUUGAAGUAUCGAAUCCACUACGUAGGUUAAUGUCGUGGAAACACUUUCUAGAUGAUAAAGAUCCAUCUUUAAGGCUACAAGUAAGCGAAUACGAAGAUUGUUCUAAAUUCAUAUGCAUCAUAUAUUCCCAAAUACGUCCCAUAAUAUUGGUCUAUAACUUUGGGAUUAAGGAUGGAAUGCCAUUUAGUUUGAAGGAUCCAUAUUAUAUUCGAAAAUCAACUGAUCAAAGGGGUAAUAAAACUGGACAGAUACGGCAGGUCUAUUUAACAGAAUUGAAUAAACAGUUUUAUUCAUCGGUUAAGGAUGAUGAAAAUAUUACUACUGAUUCCAAUUUUCCGAAGCAUAUGGUCAUUGCUUUGUUUGAAUUGAGUACAGAUUUAGGUUUAACCUUGAAUCUUUAUAAUACCACAGCAAACCUUCAUUUAAAUAAAUCUUUAAUUAAAACUGAUAACCUCGACUCUAGCUCGAGCUGUGAAUCGUCAACUAACUUCGAACGUGAUGUUAGGAUGAGAGAUAAAUUGUCGUAUUUCAAAAAGUUCAGCAAAGCUGAUUUCGAGUCAAUAGCGAAAGGUUUGAAAUGCGAUACUAAUGCCACCAAAGGUGAUGAUGAAAUAAAAAUUGUCCAAGAUUAUGCUUUUAGACUAGGCGAAGGUGCAAUGCAACUUAAUGAGGAGUGGAACAAGUUAAACGCUACCGAUGACAUUUCUAUAAGCAAAGACCCUUAUUAUUUGUCAUUAAAUGAUAUUUCAAGUAGUCUUCCCCUUUCUAUUAGUGAUAUAACAGAAUUUGAUUCUAUGAUCGAGCAAUUAAGUAGUUUCUACGGAACUAAAGAUAUCGAUGUGUCCAGCAAUGUGGGUAAGUCGUUCUUAGGGGGGCUGGAACUAUUCGCUGACCACCUUAAGGCUGAUGGAAAUCUGUACACGGUCAAUGAUAUUUCAUGUAUUAUAAAGAAGGCAUAUGAGAAUGAGGCUCUACAAGGAUACAACCAUUCUAAUAUCUUAAAGAAAUUGUCUAUUUUGAUUGGUGCUAGUUUAAUAAAAGCUAAAUCUAAUGGCUUGAGUAAGUAUUACCUGAAAAAAUUAGAUCUGGCUAUGAAAAAUGCUACCACACAAGUCCAAUCUAUUUUAAAUGACUGGGACAAUGAAAAUUAUGACGACAAUCAUGAAUCCCCUACCAGAAUAGAUAACUUUGACUCACAGGUUACCAUUCCGGAUAUAAUAACUUCAUCAAUGCCAACUAUUAAAGUAGCUUCGCAAAGUAGAUCGACUCCAAAGGGCCACUCCAAAGUACCAAAUCGUACGUCACAACUCCGUCAUAAAGCUCUAACACAAACAGCUUCAGCGGCUGAUGGAUAUAAAUCACCAUUAUCACAAUCUACUGAAAUCCCUUCCACCCCUUCAUCACCAGAUGGGCCUAGUCAGGAGUCUCUCCGAUUUUCCCAAGAAGGCAAAUCUUCACAGCUCAUCCCGCCUUCUUCUAGGUUAACAUCCCAACAUUCUCAAAAGCGAUUCAUGUCCUCUCAAGCUAGUAGUAGUCAACGUAAAGUAAAGAAGAAGAAAAGAAAGGGUGGUUUUGCAUAG